AUGAGUUUCGAAAUCAUUAAAAAACGGCUGGACGAAUAUAUUACGCUUCAGACCACGCUGAAAAACUCACCUGAGAAAAUAGUUCGCCAUGAAGUUGUUACAGUGUACCUUGGAGACGACUAUUUUGUUGAGUUGAAACCCGAUCAAGCAAUCUCUUUCCUCGAGAGGCGAAUCAACGUUUUGCAAAACGAAGUGGAUACAGUCAAGCAUUUAUCAGGUAUCAACGAGGAAGGUCUGCCUAUUAUGGACAUAUUUGAGGAACUUGACGACGAUGAUAAUGUAAUUAACUCACGAGUUGAUCGAGCAGCAAGUGCUUUCGAGCACCUGCAAAAGGCCAUGAGCGGACCCCAGCCUGAUGAAACCCCUCAAUUGGCUACAAAGAAGGUGGAGGAACCAAGGGAACCCAAAUCCGAAGAACCACGAAUCAAGGAGAUUACUGAGCCUAAAGAACAAACGUUCAAUGGCAUAUCCAAGGAGGAUUUAUUGGAGCUGCAUCUUGUACAGGAUGAACUGGAUUUUGACGAUGAAGAUGAUAUGGACAUCGAUCUAGAUGAAUUAGAGAUUGAUGACGACGACGAUAGUGAUGAAGACACUGAGCCACUACAUGGCUCCUUGUUCCCUCAAACUCAAAAGGUAAGACAACUUCUCACCAAGCAAUUCCCUGGGCUGGACGAAGAUCGAAAGGCUGUCCGCUUUGCUGAGUCGUUGGUGGUUCGUGAAUUUGAGACGUCGCCUGAUGAGCGUAAAGGUCUAAUAAUUGAUGAAGUCCAUGAAGUGCCUGCCAAGCCUGAGGAGCCAGUUCAGGAAGAACCCAAGCGUCGAGGUGUUUCUCAGUUCAAGUUGAGACGCGGAAACAACUCUCCAACUUCAUCUGUUGCCAAGUCCCCUCGUGUUGCAACUGAAGCAGUUGAGGGGUCGGUUUCUGGACGGCCGGCUGACGAUCCUGUUUCCAACGUCGUGAAGAGACCUGUUUCCGAAGUCGUGGAGGGACCCGUUUCCAACGUCGUCGAGAGACCUGUUUCCGACGUCAUGGAGAGACCUGUUUUCGACGUCAUGGAGAGACCUGUUUUCGACGUCGUAGAAAACCCUACUCCCAAACGGGCGGUGUCCGACGUCGUGGAGAGACCAGUCUCCCAGUCAAAAAAGCCAAAUGAGUCUGCGUCCAAAUCACCAAAACCAAAGUUAACAUACAGCAGACGCUACAAGAUACCCGAAUCUCGACCUGCUGCUGUUUCCUUGUCGGCACCCAAGACACCUCAGCCAGAUCCGGCCUAUGAAGGCCUUGGAUACAUUCGAGAUGAGGACACAGCUCUAAGAAAAGAACUCGAGGAAGAGGCACUCCACCUCUUCGACCAAAGUACGAUCCCCGAUGAGGAUUUCUUAGCCCUGCAUGACAACGCCUUGGAGGAUGAGCUGGAUCAACUAAAAGACGAAAAACCAAUUCUAUCUGCAGUUACCGAGCGUGAUGAUUCAGAGCCAGCUGGUGUCGAUGAAAUCGAAAAGCUUAAUGAUAUGCGCGAGAUUCGCCUACAAUAUCAGCGACUUCGUCAACGCCUUGUUCACAAGGCCGGUGGAUAUGGAAAAACGGAAAAAGAUAUGGAAGUUGAAGCCAUUGAUGAGGAGGGUAACCCCCAAAAAGUGAGUAGAUUCAAAGCGGCCCGAAUCGGCAUGCGUUGA